UGCCCCCCACCCCGCACAACCGGCCUGGACUGCGUGGGCGGCACCCAGUUUAGCCCUAUCCAGAAGGGGGAGAGAGAAGAGAGGGGAGGCUGAAGGCAGAGCUUGGAACCCGUUUCCAGUCCACCCACCCCUUACCGAAGUGUAUAUAGAGCAAGGAGGGCGCCGCUGCUGGUCAUAUCCUGGCACGGCGGUCGGAUCCUGCUAGUGCAGCUGCAAAGAUGGCUGUGUUAAGUCCGACUGUGCCGGAACUGGAGCGACUGCUGGAGAAAGACCCCUCCUUGACUCCUUUUGAGCAAGACUUCCAGCGCAGGUAUGGUGUCUUUCAUCGCAUCCUGAAGAACAUUGAAGAAAAUGAAGGUGGCCUUGACAAAUUCACAAGAAGUUACCAAACAUUUGGAGUCCACAGAUUUGUAGAUGGAGGGCUCUACUGUAAAGAAUGGGCUCCGGGGGCAGAAGCCAUGUUUCUUACCGGUGACUUCAAUAACUGGAAUCCAUUUUCCCAUCCAUAUAAGAAAGCGGAUUUUGGGAAAUGGGAGUUAUUCAUCCCACCUGGACCAGAUGGAUUUAAACCUGUGUCUCAUGGAUCAAAACUGAAGGUGGUGAUACGAAGCAAAAGCGGAGAAAUCCUCUAUCGUAUUUCUCCUUGGGCAAGAUACGUUGCUCGUGAAGGUACAAAUGUGAACUAUGACUGGAUACACUGGGAACCACCAACCCCAUACAGACGGAGAUAUCCUGUUCCUAAGAAGCCUAAAAGCUUAAGGAUCUAUGAAUCUCACGUGGGAAUUGCUUCCCCUGAAGGGAAAAUAGCUUCAUAUAAAAACUUCACACACAAUGUACUUCCGAAAGUCAAGGAUCUUGGAUAUAAUUGUAUUCAAUUGAUGGCUGUGAUGGAACAUGCUUACUAUGCCAGUUUUGGUUAUCAGAUCACAAGCUUUUUUGCAGCAUCAAGCCGCUACGGACCUCCAGAUGACUUGAAAGAACUGAUUGAUGUUGCCCACUCCAUGGGAAUUACUGUCUUGCUAGAUGUUGUACAUAGUCAUGCAUCAAAGAAUUCUGAAGAUGGUCUGAACAAAUUUGAUGGUACAGAUUCUGCAUUUUUCCAUUCUGGUCCUAGAGGAACGCAUGCUCUUUGGGAUAGUAGGCUUUUUGACUACGCAAACUGGGAAGUCUUGCGGUUUCUUCUCACCAAUCUAAGAUGGUGGAUAGAAGAAUAUGCCUUCGAUGGUUUUCGAUUUGAUGGUGUAUCAUCUAUGCUAUACCACCAUCAUGGUAUUGGGGAAAGCUUCUGUGGGGAUUACAAUGAAUAUUUUGGUAUGCAUGUUGAUGAGGACGCUCUGGCAUACCUAAUGACGGCAAACUACAUGAUACAUAUCUUGCAUCCAGAAUGUAUAACUAUAGCAGAGGAUGUGUCUGGAAUGCCAGCUCUUUGCUGUCCAGUAACAGAAGGAGGAACUGGAUUCGAUUAUCGGUUGGCCAUGGCAGUUCCUGAUAAAUGGAUUCAGAUAAUUAAGGAGCUUAAGGAUGAAGACUGGGAUAUGGGGAAUAUAGUGUUCACGCUAACGAACAGGCGAUAUGGAGAGAAAUAUAUUGCAUAUGCAGAGAGUCAUGACCAGGCGCUUGUUGGUGAUAAGACCUUGGCAUUUCGGCUGAUGGAUGCAGAGAUGUAUAAUUAUAUGAGUGUUCUUUCACCUCUUACUCCCAUUAUUGAUCGAGGCAUGCAGCUUCAUAAAAUGAUCCGGCUCAUUACUCAUGCACUUGGAGGAGAGGGCUAUCUCAACUUCAUGGGUAAUGAGUUUGGGCAUCCAGAAUGGUUGGACUUUCCCAGAAAAGGCAAUAACGAAAGUUACCAUUAUGCUAGGAGGCAGUUUCAUUUAGCUGAUGAUCAGAUUCUUCGCUACAGAUUCUUAAAUGCAUUUGACAGAGAUAUGAACAAAUUGGAAGAAAGAUUCGGCUGGCUUGCAUCACCCCCGGCUUAUGUGUGUGAAAAACAUGAAUCAGACAAAGUUAUUGCUUUUGAGAGGGCAAAUCUCCUAUUUAUAUUUAAUUUCCACCCAUCUAAAAGCUUUACAGAUUACAGAGUGGGUACAGAAAAACCAGGAAAGUAUAAAAUUGCACUGGAUUCUGAUGCUCCAGAGUAUGGAGGACAUAGUAGACUCGACCAUAACACAGAUUUCUUCUCUCAACAAUUUUCACACAACCAUCUACCUCAUUCUCUUUUGCAACCCAAUUCACUGAGUGAAAAUGAUGGCCAGCCCCGAAGACAACUCACAAACUACCUGGAGGUAUACAUUCCAAGCAGAGUGGCCAUAGUGCUUCAGAAUAUGGAUCUCCAGAACUGAAGACAUCCAGCCUACAACUAAAUCCAUUACUGCAAAGGCCAAACAGUAUUUUGAUGCUAGUGGUAUCCAGGAUUUAUUGUUUGAAAACAUUUCUAUAUGUAAGAAUUGGAAAUGUCCUUAUUAUUUAUUCCUAAUUACAGUUUUCCAAUUGUGAAAUGCUUAUUCAUAGAAAGCAUAUAUAAAAGGGGGGAAAGAAAAGAAAAAUGCAUUAACAACUCAGUGUUACAGAAUUAGAGUUUAGAAUAUCUGACAUCCUCAAAGUAAUAUUUCCAGUAUUUUAUCUAGAAUACUGUGGUCUGUUUCAAAAAGUGCAUGCUCUGUUUUCAACGAUUUGCUCCUGUCCCAUUUAUAAUUUGGUGUCGAAAGCAUUUUUCUCAUUAACUAUGUUUUAUAUUAGAAAUAAUUAUAAUGAAUGUUUAUUUGCCAUGAAAGGCAGCCUUAUGUAUUUCUUUGACGCUGUAUUCCCAGUUAUAAAGUUUUUUGUGUUUUGUUAUGUUAAACCACUGGGGUGAGGCAGGGGAGGUUUGUUAGACUUAAUGUACAUCAUCGCAAGAAAAUGUUUCUGGGGAAUCGUGAGACUGGGAAGAUGGUUGGUCCAAGGGCACCAACAAUUGUCUUCUGUGACAAUAACGCUUGAGUCUCAUUGAUUUAUCACUGUGGAGCUGUAUGGCAAUGGUGAACUUAUUUGUGCCUAAGUAUUUUUAUAUAGUUACAAAUUAAAAUGGUAACUUUAUAAAACAAAGCGAUAUAGUGUCUAUAGCAGCCUCCCAAAAUGUGGUGCUCCCCAGAUUUUUGAAGUUCAGUUCCUCACUUUUGGCCAAGUUAGUUGGGUUGAUGGCAGUUGAAGCCCAAAAUAUCCCCAGAGCACCAGGUUGAAGAAAGCUGGUUUUGAGGGUCAAGGAUUCCAAGGUAGAUCUUUGAAUGUAAAUGAGACCAUACCUAAACGAAAGUUCUUUGAAGAUUAUCUCUCAUAAGGCUUGCACUAUAGGCAGAGUUCUGUAGGAUCACUAGGGUCAUAUAAUUUUCAAAAAUAUUCUAAAAUGAAGUCAUUUGAGAAGUUCUAUACUCUCAGCUAAGUUUACUUGUAUUAAAAAGCAUGCCAUAGUCAGUGGAACAAAUGACACCACACACAUCCAACUUGACUACACAAUAUCUGUUUGUUAGCCAUGAAUGAACAGUGAUAGAAAUUAUUUCAAGCAAGCUGAGUAAUAAUUUGAAACAGAAGUAUAAAAUAAUUGAUCUUUCAUUACAGAAGUUAUGUUUUGUAAAAUUUAGUACUCAGAAAAAUGAGAGGUGAUUUGUGAAUUAUGGAGUUAAAGAUAACAUUUUACGAAGUUGCAGAAAUAUCUUGGAACACUUUUUUAUCGGACGCAAAAUUAUUUCAUUUUUCUUCAUGACCAUCAAAAAUAUUCCGCAGAAAAAUGUUUGCAAAGAGAAUUCCACUUGAUAGUUGUUUGAAUUUAUCAUUGUUUUCACACUUUGUAAACACCCAAGUACUUGUGCCAGUACCUUGCUAAAAGUUCACUAUGAUGAUUAUUCUAGAGUAAGGUUUUCUUUCUUGGAACUAAUCAGACAGGACAAAUUGCAUGGUUCCAUCCCACACCCAUAUCAUCCUUGAGGAUUAAGGAUUAAUUGGGAAGGAACUACUUAGUUGUAUCCUGCCUGCAUAGUUCUGAAGUGUAUGUGGAACCAUGUUAAAGGAAUGUGUUUCCCAAAUCAGGAGUAUGAGGAAAAAAUACUUUCCAUGGAAACACAAACAAAUCUCAUUACAAUCUCUUUAGCUCGCUGAGGUAUUUGUAAAUGUAGCUUCUGUUGUACUUAGUUCAUCGUGUCACCUGAGAGAUAAUAUAUACUAUACCUCUAAUUAAUAUCCUACCUGUUUUUCAAUUGCCACUUUGUUAAGUGAGAGCUAAAUAGGUUAUUGUUCCCACAUUUAAAACCACAGUGAAUCAGUAAUUGUUUUACAGACUUUAAAAUUCAAGGUGAGAUAAACAGCUCUGUAAAUGUAAUAUACUUUUGUGAAAUGGAUUUAUUAAUAUAUAAUGAAAAUUUUACUGGCCCUUAUGUCUGGGCAUCUAAAUGCAAUGAAAGGAUAUUGUCCAUGUCAAACUUUUGUGCAAGAAAAGCAAUAAAUAUGUAAUAUGAUUAGAAGCUACAAAAUUAUAUGCAAAUAAACAGAGUGAUGUUAAAAUAUUGGGGUGUUUUGAUAUCGUAGUUUAACUCUAGAUAGAUAUUACUGAUGCAUAUCAGAAAAUUUAAGCAAAAAAACCCCACUUGACAUCAACAGAAGAAAUUUAGGAUUUUUGAAUAAUCAUAAUAUUUUAUGCUCAGAAACAUAGCAGAAGUUUCCAUCGGCUUUACAAGGUUGCCAGAUCUCAAUUCUAGCUUCAAGUUGCUGUUUUGCUGAGAUUGAGAUUUUCAAAGUAUGUGUCUGCUAAUAUACAGAUGCUUAGAAAACAACUCCUGGGCACCCUAAAAAUGGGGAAAAUAUUUGCAAGCAGAGCUUACAUUACUAUGCUUGGUGUCCUAAAUACAUAUUUCAUGUUCAAAUGUGCAUUUUGAUGUAGAUAGUGUACAUUAAGGAUGCAACCCUAAGUGUAGUGAGUCCUAUUAAACAAAGUAGGACUUGCUUCAUGCUAUGUAAACAUGGCGAGUGCCAGCCAGAGAAUAUACCUUUGCAUUAGUUUCUAGUUGUAGCAUCAACUAUGGACUGACAGACACUGGAAAUCAUCAACAGGGCUUGGAGCACUGUGUUAAUGCCCUCUGCUGUCUAUUCCCACCUCCAUUUUUUUUAAGGCAGGGAUGCUCAUAACAAAAAUUCUUACAUUCAGAAAAGCCAAGCCUCUUGGAUGGCAACUGGGAGCUGCCGCAGACAUUACUGCAGCUGGCUUAUCUGCUGUCAGAACAUUUCAUGCAAGUGCUCUACUUGUGUGAGCAGUCUAAUCAUAAAUGAAUAAUUGAGACCCUCCUCUUCGAAUUCCUUCUGCUCUCACAAGAGUGGACUGUUUGUAAGAGCAGUUAUUUUCAUGGAUAUGUCAGCUGCAAUGUGACAGUGUAAAGUCUGUUCUCAUGAGAUGUUUUGUUCCACAGCACAGUGGGAUGCCAGGUUUGAGGGUGUCAUGGGCAAGAUGCCUUCUGCCCCCCCCCCCCAUCAAAGCACCAUCCAGGUACCCUUCCCAACUAGUUCACCAAGUGGUGCAGGACCUAGCACUUCUCUUUUCAGUGCAAGAAUUUAUUUUUUAUUUUUUUUAAAAAAAAUGCCAACAUUAGCCCACAGAAUCCAGCAUUGGAUCAACCAUGUUCGAUGCUCACUGCUAGGCCUGUAUGUCUCAGUUCUAAGGCACAUCCAUACAUGCAGACAAUCUCAAGUUCAAGCCUUGGCAUUUCCAGUUAAAAGAUACAGAGAGCAGGUGAUUGGGGCGGGGGAACUUUCCCUUGGGAAUCUGGAAAGGCAUUGCACUCAAUAUUGGGAUGAAGAAAUUGUCUUGAGCUGGCAUAAGGCACCUUCCUGUGUAACCUAUAGAUGCUCAGAUUACAAAUUGUCACCCAUUACGUAAGGUAUCAAGGGCUUAAAUCCAUCUUUCCCUUCCAAAAUGUUCACAAGUGGUGGUCCUGUCCUUUCCUACUUGCACGUUUCUGAAAGGCAGGUGAAAAAAUGAAACAUGCAGGCAUUUGAUGCAGCAAGUGUGUACUUGUGCCAAAGAACUAAACAGACUUAGACUUUCUAACACAUACUAGAGUAGGAAGCAUAAAUGUAUCAGUCAUGUUUAUGAAGUAGGGAUUUCAACCCAGGCACAAGAUCAGCGCUGUGCCCUGUUGGCAACCAUUUCUUCACAUUAUAUUGUCAACAUAUGCUUAGUAUGGAGGGUGAAGGAAUGUUUUUCUUGGGUCUUGCAAUUUCAGUGAAUAUAUGUUAAGGUGGGCUUUUAAGGGCUUGUUAGUAUAGCAUAAGAAAGAACGGGGCAAGUAGGAGUACCAACAUUACAUCAGGGGUUAGAAACCUUAAGGUAUAGAAGCUUGUUACUUGGAGUAGGGCAAGUGUGGUUUGAUAAGAUUUUCUGCAUUAGUCAUAAUAGUUGUGCACUUGUUCCACCAGUGAGUAUUUCUUAUAAGAGAACUAGGUGACUAGUCAAGAGUUAUAGAAAGCUAGAGCUGUGGUUUAGGAAAUCCCUGUCUAGAAGAAAAGAGAAGUAAACCAAGCAAUUGACAACAUGAAAAGCAGAAGUGAUGUCCAGUUUAGGCAUAAACAAGUAUGUCAGAAAGGAUGAGACAUUCUGAGAAGAUGAUAGUCAAAACUGUUGAUGAUAACCUCUAAAUUAGAUUACUGCAAUGCACUCUACAUGGGGCUGCCUUUGAAGACAGUUCGGAAGCUUCAGCUUGUGCAGAUUGAUAACCAGGACCAGAAGGUUCGAGCAUAUAAGACCCACUCUUGCCCGCUUGCAUUGGCUGCCUGUACGUUUCCGAGCCCAAUUCAAGGUGCUGGUUUAAACCUAUAAAGCUGGCUUGGGACCACAACACCUGAUGGAACACCUUUCCCAACAUGAACCUACCCAAACACUACGUUCAACAUCUAUGGUCCUCCUCUGGGUGCCUACUUCGAGGGACGCUUGGAGGGUGGCAACAAGAGAGAGGGCCUUCUCUGUGGUGGCCCCCAGCUGUGGAACAAUCUCCCUCACGAGGCCUGCCUGGUGCCGACAUUGUCAUCUUCUCUGCUCCAGGUCAAGACUUUUCUCUUCUCCCAAGCAUUUAGCAAUAUGUAAUGAGCCCUGGGUCUGUUUUUUGGCUCAUUGUUUGUAAAGUUGUUAUAGUGGUUUUAAAUGUAUGUGUAUUUUGCAUGUUUUUGUGGUUUUUAAUUUUUGUAUAUUGUUUUUAAGAGUUUUUAUCUUAUGUGAACCUCCCAGAGAGCUUCGGCUAUGGGACGGUAUAUAAAUGAAAUAAAUAAAUAAAUAAAUAUAAAUGAUGUGGACCAAGGAACUUAGAUAAUUUAAAAUAAAUUAAUAUGUAUUAGGAAGGAGGUCUCUGGCUUUGAGAAGGGUUUGUAAGUCUGAACACAGAGGAGGAAGAUGUCUUUCCUUUCCCUCAGACAUGAGAUUCAGGAUAUUGCUCUGAACCUAGUAUGUAGGCUUUGGUGACUCCUUGGUUUUGCCUGAGAGAGAUGGAAAUCCCUUUGCAGAGAAAGAGCUCCUUUGCAGAGUCAGUAUGAAUGGUGCAGAAUUUGUGAGUAUACAGCUACUAGAUUUAUGAGUAUGCCAUUUUGUUUUGCAUGGUGAAAGGUUGGUGAUCAUGUUAAACUUUGUCUUUUCUUUAAUAAAAUACAUUUAAUUUUAAA